GACUGGAGUACCUUAAUUAGGAUUCACUACGUAGUUGGGGUUGGUUAUUUUUAGUAUGCAGCAGAGGGGAAUUAUUCAAUAUGUUUCCUAGUCUUAAGGACUGAUCAAAUGAGUGAGUACCCAAGUGAAGUGAUCCUUAGAUAUGGGAUGAUAAAACCAGAACAGGAUCAUGUUCAUCAUUAUAUGUGCACACUGAUAACCUUAAUCCUUUCAAGAAAUCUCGCGAACUAUGAUUGAAUAAUCAUGGCUUUAUUACUUCAAAAUCGGGAAGCGACCAACACGACGGUGUCUUCCAAUGGACGUCGAGGCUGGGUUUCUUCUCCAGACACUCGAGGAACGAUGGACAUUAUCUGGCCCUGCCUGACAGCACUUGCCCUUGUGUUAUGGACCAUGCUUCAUCUCAAUCUACCCGCACCAUCUGACUCCAAUAGGACAGUAGUCUGUCGUAGAAUACGAUGGCUUCUUGUCGGCCUACUCGCUCCUGAGCUUAUCUUGAUGUUCUCAUUCGCCCAGUUCACAUCGGCCCAGCAAUCCGUGGAAGACAUGAAGAACAUCGACAGAAACAAUUGGACUCUAGUACAUGGCUUCUACGCUGACAGUGGAGGGUUCCAGUUGCACGUGCCAAAUUACAAGCCGUUUCCCAUUACUGCCAAGCAGGUGGUGUAUUUAACACAGCAUGGAUACAUCGAUAUGCCAACAAUCACGAAGCUUGAGAUCAACGACAAGUCCAAGGCGAACCGCGAAACUAAAGUCUUGGCCUUCGUCCAGACAGGCUGGUUAGUCACUAAAUUGAUCGCACGCGCUGGACAGGGACUUCAGAUUACACCUUAUGAGCUUACUACCGUCGCACUCUUAGUGUGCUCAUUCACUACACUUAUUCUCUGGUGGAAUAAACCGCUCGACGUCCGCGCCCCAACGCCCGUUCACUUGAAGGGUGAUUUGAAAAUAAUUCUAGAGCAAGCUGGCGAUGCGACUGGACAAGGUUUCACUGACACCCCGUUGGAUUUCAUCGAAGGCAACAUCUACUGGUCAAGAAAGGCCCACGAAUCAUACCUACAGUUUGUUUUGAAAUGGGGAUUCCAGACGUUUCCGAUUGAGAGGAUAUCGAAUGACAGAGACUACCAACCGCGAAAUUUCAAGCAAAACUUGUAUCUCGUGCUACCAGUGUCUGCUUUCGGUACUAUUCACUUAUCAGGAUACAAUCUCAGCCUGCCAACGGAAACUGAACAGAUGCUUUGGCGAAUCAACAGUAUUAUUAUGGUAGUGACAUUGUUCAUACAUUGCGUAUCUGAGUUGAUCGGAUGCUGGUGCUCAGACUUCCAGCUACAGAGCUUGGAACUCUGGGGCGAAUACAAAAAGAAAAUGCCAUCAUGUCUGAUAUUUUACGGUCUAGCAACGAUAUAUUUCAUAUCUAGAAUCAUUCUCCUAGUUGAGUCUGUCAUCAGUCUCAGAGACCUACCAGAAGCGGCUUAUAGAGAGGUCUCUUGGACACAAUACCUACCCCGUCUUUAGCCUUUAUAUAACAUAAAUUUUGUAUAUUAUACAUAUCUAUUUAUUAAAACUGCUGCUAUUUUCCUUCA